AUGAACGAACCCGAACAGAUCACCAACGAGUCCGCGCGUCCCGAGAGCGACUACUCGCGUCCCACCAAGCGCGACCCCAAAGGGAUGCGUACCGGCUACACCACCGGCACCACGGCGGCGGCGGCGGCCAAGGCUGCGGUAAUCCUGAUGCUGUCAGGGAAAGCCCCCGACGAAGUAUCCGUACCGCUGCCCGGUGGACAGGGUAGGGCCGCUUUCGAGGUCCACCGCAGUUGGCCCAUGGAGCCCGCAGAAGGCGUCCGCUGCUCCGCCAUCAAGGACGGCGGCGACGACCCUGAUGUCACCCACGGCGCGGAGAUCAUCGUCGGCGUGUGGCGGUUACCAGACGGCAACAAGGGGCUCCAGAUCACCGGCGGCCCGGGCGUGGGUACGGUUACCCGACCCGGCACCGGUAUCGAGGUUGGCGACGUUGCGGUCACGCGAGUGCCGCGCCGCAUGAUGGCCGACGCCGUGGCCGAGGGUUUGGUCGAAUGCGGCUGGCCGGCCGAAACCGGGGUCCGCGCGCGCAUCUCCGUGCCCGGCGGCGAGGAAAUCGCCAAGCAGACCACCAACGCCAGGCUCGGCGUGCUCAACGGCAUCAGCAUUCUCGGCAGCACGGGCGUGGUGCAGCCCUUCAGCACGGCAGCAUGGCGCGCCAGCGUACACCUGGCCAUCGACGUGGCAUACGCCAACGGCCUGGACCAUCUGGUAUUGUCCACCGGCACCCGCAGCGAGGAAUACACCCGCCAGCUGCUGGAUCUGCCCGACAUGGCCUACAUCGAGGCCGGCAUCUUCUCCGGCCCCUCCAUGAAACGCUGCGUCAACAAGGGCAUCAAGCGCGUGGCUCAUGUGGGCAUGGUGGGCAAGUUCUCCAAGAUGGCCAUGGGCUAUUUCGUGACCCAUGUCGCUGGCAACCAGGUGGAUACCGGCUUCCUCGCCGGCCUCGCCGGCCAAUGCGGCGCGUCCGCUGAUCUCCAGGCCGAGAUGGCCGAUGCUGCCAGCGGCCGGCACUUCCAGGAAUUGGCCCAGGAGCAUGACGUCAUGGGCGUGUUCCCCCUGAUGUGCCAGAUGGUCUGUUCCGAAGCGCAGAAAUACCUGGGCCAGGACCCGGACACGGAUGAAAGCGACGCGAUCAUCGUGGACGCCCUGUGCUUCGACUUCGAAGGCAACCUGCUGGGAUCCGCGAGCACGUCGCCGGACGGCAUUCCGAUGCGCUCCGCGUCGGCAGCGGUGGCCGAUGGUCAGGGCUAA